GCGCUUCCGGGGUGUGGGGCAGGGCGGCGGGGGGGGGAGUUUCCCCAACGGGGUUGUUGUCCUAACUCCCUCGCAAGGCCCGAAGCGAUGGGAAGCGGCAGGGGCGGCCGCCGCCAGCAAAGCUCCCGCCGUCGCCGCUCCUCCGACCGCUCCUCGCCGCUGUAAUGGCGGCCUUCACUACGACCAGCAACGAAGCCGUCGCUGCCGCAGGCGCGCCGCCGCCGCUGCCGCCGGAGGGUCUCAGAGCCGAGCCGGUGCUGGACGAGUUCACGGCGCCGGCGGAGAAGAGCGGGUGCCUGGAGCGGAGCCGCGCCAGCAUCGAGCGCCUGUUCCGGGUCCGCUUGGCUAUCCUGGGGUCGCUGAGCAGCGGCGGUUGGGCCGCUCUAGAUCUCGGGCAGCAGCAAAACGCAGCCGCCGGGCGCAGGAUCUGGCUUAGCCUCCGAGGCCAGCGGGAGGACGUGCGGGCCGCCAAGGAAUAUAUUAAAGGAAUUUGUGAACCUGAAUUAGAAGAGAGGGAACAUUAUCCCAAAGACAUGCACUGUAUUUUUGUAGGAGCCCAGAGCCUCUUCUUGAACUGCCUUAUUCAGGGGACUUGUGCUGAUAUUACUGUUGUGGAAAUAGGGACCCUGAACAUUAAGGGUGGUGCUGAACCUGUUGUCAUGGCCAGAAGCCACAUUCAACAGUUUGUGAGUCUCUUCAGAAGCAACACAAGUCUGCUGAACAGCAGAGAGCCAGAAGUGAAAAAACAGUUCAAACAACUUGUUGAAGCCCAUGCGGAUAAAUAUACAAUGGACUUGUUGAUCUUACCAAGCUCACUGAAGAGAGAACUACUUAGCCUUGCACAGAGCGAAAGCCAGAAAGCAGAAGGUAAAAGUGUAGACCCUGCCAAUUUUGAUGGGACUCCAGAACUUCUUCCCAAUGAAAUACAGAAACGGUCUGCAAUGAACAGUGACUGCAGAACAGGUCUGGAGGAAGCAAGAAAUAAUGCAGGUACCCCAGUCACUGAGUUAGCAAAGCAAAUGGACACUCUCUUCCCUGAUGCUCCAGAAAGACAUUUCUUACCUAUAAAUGGACUGAAUUCCUUAGAGACAUCUGCAUGCAAAGAGAGGCAGUCAUGUAAAAGGAGGUCAUCAGAUGCUGAGGAGAGGCUACCAAAGAAACAGUUUUCUUUAGAAAACAAUGUAGUAGUGGUUGAUCUGGUCACUGAUGAAAGCAGCGAGAUGGAUGGUCCGGGUUUGAACACUAAAGAAGGUGAUGAGAUAAGUGAGGAAAUGGAAUACAACAUUUUGGUGAACUUCUUCAAAAGCAUGGGCUACUCACAACAGAUUGUGGAGAAGGUGAUUGGAGACCUCGGACAGUUGGCUGAGCCUCUACUGCUUUUGGAAGAAAUUGAAAGAGAGAGCAAAAAGGUCCCUGAAGAGAAAGGCCAGGUUGAUGAUCUGCAUUGGACUGCUGGGACUUCGGCAGAGAAAGAUAAAGGUAGCUCUAGCAGCAAAGGCCAGCAGGACCGAGGCCUGAAAUUACAGCUGCCAAAGAAUGCAGAACAAAACAUGACCUCUGCUCCACGAGCACAGUGCAAGGUUGAAGGCAAACCGCAUAUAUCAAACAGUGAAAACCAGACUCCUCUUUCUGGAAGCCAAAAUCCACAAUACAAAGGCUGCAGUAAAGCAGUCUCAAACUAUUAUUAUGAACAGUCUCGUAUUUCCCAAACAAAUGAUAUAGAAAGUGACAGUCAUGUGAAUGCUUAUGAUAGUAUGCAAAGGGUAGUGAAAGACAGGAAACCGAAAGAGCCCAGCUUGGUAGCAAGGGGUGGCUCGGAGACUCCACACCCACCACUUGAGAAAGAAACUAUGGUUCUUCAGGCAUGUCCAGACCCCUCAUCUGCGAAGCAUGAUCAGCAUGGACGAUGUAAUCCUUUGCAGCUUGGAGCCAGGCAGUUCCCACCCCCAAAACCAAAUCAUCUCCUAGAGCCUCUGCAAAUGACUGCCCCUUCCUCAGAAAGGAGAAAAGGAGGGUCAUACAGCCAUCAUUCUGACCCUCCAGUCACUGGGGUUCAGAGGUUUAAAGAAUCUUUGAAAACACCAUACAAGUUGGAAUUGAAAAAUGAGCCAGGGAGAGACCACUUAAAGUACAUAGUAAUAGAUGGCAGCAAUGUUGCAAUUUCCCAUGGUCUACAGAAGAUAUUUUCAUGUCGGGGAAUUGCAAUUGCUGUUGAUCACUUUUGGAAACGUGGCCACAGAAAGAUCACUGUGUUUGUCCCACAGUGGCGAACAAGGAGAGAUUCUAACAUCACAGAACAACACUUCUUAACCCAGCUCCAGGAUGUUGGUAUUUUGGCACUCACCCCUGCAAGGGUUGUAUUUGGAGCCAGGAUUGCAUCUCAUGAUGACAGGUUUUUGCUACAUCUCGCUGAAAAGACUGGAGGAGUUAUUGUCACCAAUGAUAAUCUCAGAGAAUUUGUGGAUGAGUCCACAUCCUGGAGGGAGAUUAUUCAAAAGAGGCUGCUGCCGUACACUUUUGUUGGAGACUUCUUCAUGGUUCCCGAUGAUCCUCUGGGACGAAAUGGACCAGGAAUAGAACGUUUCCUUCAGGAGGAAACCCGUUUUAGAGGAGUUCCACCCCAAUAUGGCCAUGUAAGUGGAGGCCCACCUCCUUUUGGGACAUCGCAUUUCCUGAUGCAAACUGAUGGUAGUGGACAGUUGCCAAAGAGCCCGUUACCUGGUGCCGUGCCUGCCUUGACUAUGUUUCCACCAGCACCUCAUGCUAACCCAGCCCUCCCCCCGCAUCCAAGAUCUACUGCAGAAACAAUCCACUUAAGAGAAGCUUUGAGAAAAAUCUUCCCUACAUCCGAGCAGAGGGAGAAGAUAGAGGAGAUACUUGCCCAGCAUCCCCACAUGAGGGACAUGAAUGCCCUGUCUGCGAUGGUGCUUGAUUUGAGCUGAUGAACACAACCGCAAAGCUUUGGAUUCUGCUGUUUGGAUUGUUGAUGUAAAGAUGCAUACAAGCUGGUGUUACGCCAUCUGUGAAUAGUCAAAACAAUCCUUUUGUAUAAAAAAAAAUGUUAAUAUUUGGAUGAUUCACUGAUACCCCUUUUUAUUCAUCUAAGUUAUGUUGCUUUUACAAAAUUGUAUUGAUGCAUUUUUUUAAAAAAAGAAAACGUCUUUAUUUCUGACUGGCUUGAAAAUUGUUUACAAAACUUCAAGUUAUUUGGGAAAUAAGUAGAUCUGACAGCAGAUCUAAGUUGUGCUUAAAAUUGAAUUCAUAUUUGCAGGUUUCUUAAUGGGCAUUAUUUCUUCUCUCAUUGCCUGAUUUAAUAGACAGAGGUGAAUUUUCAGUGAGCAGAUUAUGGCCAUUUCAUAUAUCCUGGUCAUGCAAGUGCUGGAGGUUUCCAUCUUAAGGCAAAAUACUUUCCUGACUACUGCAUGCAAGCCCUUGGCUUGCUAUUGGCUGAACGUUUACAAUAUCACACAGUCCAAAUACAGGCUAAUGGGGGUAGCUGUGCCAAUGGAGCUUUUGGAGAAUGCUCAGGAAGAACAUGUUAGAAUUUUGUCACUUCCUGAAAACCAUUGUAGUCCAAUUUAGUUUGCUAGCUUUUAUUACAGUAUGUGCUGUUUCUAAGUUUGGAGAGAAAAAAACAUUGGAAGGAAACAUUUCUUCCCAACUUCUUAUAGUGGGCAAUAAAAACAAAUUGUUUUAUGGCAUUACCACUUGAUAUCAA